UCUUGUCUUCCAUUUUGUUGAAAUUACCUAAUCGUCACUUUAGUACGCAAAAUGAGUGCAGUGAAGGUGGUUUGGGUGCGUUUCCUCGGACAGAUCGAAGCGGCAUUACCUCGUAGACUUGUUCCGUUUUGGAAAGCGCCAGCUGGACCUCAGACUAUCUUUUUCUGGGCUCCAGCUUUCAAAUGGGGUCUUGUAUUUGCUGGAAUAGCUGAUCUUGCAAGGCCAGCUGAUAAACUCAGCCCAUCACAAUCCACUGCACUGGCAGCUACAGGAUUGAUAUGGGCACGUUACUCCAUGGUUAUCAUCCCUAAGAACUGGCUGCUGUUUAGUGUUAACAUUGGUCUUGGAAUCACAGGAAUAAAUCAGCUUUGUAGAAUAGCAUAUUACAGGUAUUCACAAGCAAAACUGAAAGAGUCAAGUGAAGAGUGAAUGAACUAGACAGUGUAGAAUAACAAUUGAAAUAAACUGAUGUUGAUAGGGCUCGAGGGCAUUGGAAGCUUACAAAUAAUCAAUAAUGUCUUAUAAUGACACUAAUACUACAGGAUUUCCUUUCAUGAUGUUUAUUUUUUUAGCCUUUCUCUGGGCUCUGACUCAAUCUAAAAUCUUUGUCACAAAUGUAACAGUGGCAACUUAUCCAUUUUUACCAAGGUUGUUACUCUUCACAAUAUGUCUAUUCAAUUUACUCUAAGUACUGGUAGUCAUUCCCGAUUAGUCAGUGAAAUUAUCUGUUUACCUUUUAGGAAUACUUUUUUGAAAUUAUCCGUACAAAUAUAGUGUCAAUUUUUAGUAUUGAAAAGUACGACCCAUGAGCCAACCUACUCUGUAAUUCUAGUCAAGAAAUGACUUCAUGUUGAUAGUUCUUAAACUUCAUUUAAAGCAAUUUUAUUUAAACAUCAUAUAUUAUUUUAUCUUCACUGAGGGUUAAAUUGAAAGAACUUAAACAAGACUCUGCAGAGGUGUACCAUGGUUGCAGUACAUGUAAAUUGUCUUUUAAUAAUAAAGGUUGUAAUUUAUCA